UCAUGCCUGCUGAUGUUUUUGUCAGAGAAACGAUGUAUGACUUGAUAGAGCCUCCUUGGUCUGACACGUGAGAAUAAAUUCACAAUAACAGAGUCAAUAAAUUGCCAGUGGUUUCAGGUGCUCUUGGUAAGUUACAGGCAUGUAAGUUACGCGUGUAAAGGGUUGGUAAACACCAUUCAGCCAGCAAAAACUCAAAACUGCUUAUUUCCCUGCACCCCCUUUCCCUGAAAGACAGCAUUGACUGUUUCCUGCAGUGAAUCGUGUGGAGUAAAUUACCACCCGAAAAUCCCAAAUGACCAGGAGUCUCGCGAAUUCUCGCUCUCCGCAUUGCGAGAAAAGGCGAGAUUUCCCGGAGGAUCCGAGACUCGCCUUUGCUUCAUCACCGCUCAGGACACGGCCCUGAACCUGCUGUUCAUCUGUGAUUUCUGCGGCAUCUACCGGGCAGAGGCGCACAGAACAGACAUAGCUACAUGCUGUACACCCCCCUGCUAUAAUGGCGUGUUCGGCCUCGCCUGGCGGAGUGGCCGAGAUGAGCGAGGCGUUUCGCGAGCGUUCCCGUAAAGAACGAGAGAAGCUGCGGACCAGCCUGGCGGAGCAGCUGGCCUGGGACAUGAUGAGACUUUACGAGGAGGCGCAGACAGUGGAUACCCAGUUCCUGGUGUCGGGUGUCCAGUUUCCCGCGCACCGCGCCGUCCUGCGCGCCCGGCUGCCCCAGCUCAGUGACAAGUUCCUGCCGUGCCACGCCCCCGGCACCGUUGCCAUGGUUCCCGUCUUCAAACAUGUCAAACACGACGAGUUCAAGGAUCUGCUGCUCUCGGUGUACACCGGGGAGGAUCUGAGCCCAUGUCGGGAGAAGCUGCAGAAGUGGAUAGACCUGUACGGCAGUGGCGACACCCUCCGAGAGGCGAGUCUGAGCGUUAUAUCCGAGAUAGACGAGGAGAUCGGCGUGGAGUCCGUUGCAGACAUUCCUGACGAGAACGCUAACCCCGCCGACGCCCGGCAACCAGCUGACGCCCGGCAACUGGACGGUAGUGACUCCGGCAUCUCUCCGGAGGGGAGUGCUGCAGUGCAUGCUGGGACUGUGCAGGGGAAGGAUUCUGGGAUUGUUCCUCCCGUCAACGGUAACCUUGCCGACCACAGCGAGAGCCAAUCAGAUCUGGACGAUGAUGAUGACUCCUCCUCCACAGCUACUUACUCCAGCGAGGACUCUUCUGAGUCUGGGAGCUACAAUGUGGAGGAUGGGGGCCACUCGGACCUUUCGCUGGACAGUCUGGGGGGCAAGAAGCACGAUGUGGCGGGGAGCACUAUCCUGGAGGUACGUACAUAA